AUGGCGAGCCACGGCGGCGGUGGGGAGCCGAGCACCGCGCCGCAGCCUGACCGGUGGUAUACGCUCAGACUAGGGUCCUCCUUCAAAGAAGACCGCCCGGCCUCCAAGUUCUGCACCCUCCGCUGUGAGUUCCGCGGCAUAAAUUGGAUACGGUGGCUCGCUGUGUCGGGAUUUCUUCGGCGCUCUCUAGUUGUGGCGGAAUUCGCGAUGUUCCAGGAACUGCUUUAUUUGUCUUCCUCAUUUUUUCUCCUGAUAUUAUUGCCGGAGAUCGUUCUCUCGGAGCUUCGACAUGUAACAGUUCCUGCAUUUUCCGGUUUAUUCUUACUGUGUUUUUCAUCUCUUCUGUGAUCCUUUGUUUCGGAUUAUUCGAUAUAUUGUGGUUUUUUCAACGCUUCAGAGGUCGUCUCUACCUUGUUUUCGGGCUCUUCACCUAUUGAAAGUCGUUGAACACGACGGAUUUUACGUUCUUUGAUGUCUCUAGUGUUGCUAUCACUUGGAUCACUGUUGGUGAGAAGUAUGGAGUCAAAGCCUGACAGCUCCUGUUUUCAUCGGAGUAAUUAUCCUGGCAGAUGAGGAGGAUCCUCCUCUUCAUCCAGUUCAGCCGAAGCGACCUUUGGGCUUACAUGUGAAUGCUUGUUUCUGCAGAUGAGUUUCAGCCAGCCUCCAUUGACAAGAGCCAGUCCGGAUCGCUGCACAAAAGCAAGGAGAGCAGGAUCACAGUGGAAUUCCAGAAUAACCAGCCUGGAAAACCCAAGGUGACUUUUGAGGGCACUAGCGAGGAGUACAAGGAGAACGAUGGGGUCUUGUUCUUUGAUGGUGAAACACUUCGCCUGGAGAGGCUUCACCGGGCCGUGAAACGACUGAGGCAUGUCCGGAAGCCUGGCGAGUCGAGUGCUGCUUCUUGUGCUUCGGCUGCAGUAAAUUCAACUGUUCCACCUGCAGUGGGAGCAGAAUCGCGAUCACCACCGGUGUCAAAGACGAGCAAAUCACAGCCUCUGAGUAAAAGCAUGGCUCAUUCUGUUCCGGUAAGUCUCUGUGAAUCAUUCUUCCAAUUGUUGCUCUUCGCUUUUUGAAUAGUUUUUCGAGUUCAUCAUGCAGAUACAUCUACACCUAUCCAUCUGUCCACCGCCAUUUUUGGCAAGCCAGUCCGGAUAGCUGCUGCCGGAUAAACUAGUAUCUCUUAAAGAGAUAGACAGGUCAAGGCCUUUGACAUCGGGGAUUGUGGGCAGAACUGGGCUGAGGAAGGAGAAGCUGCGGUCAUCACUUUGGUUGCAAGGGAAUACGUGUGAGACUUUCAUGGAGCCAUUUCUCCGUCCAUAUCCUAGUUUUUCGUGGAGGGCUUGAAGCUGUGUAGGAAUGCUGUGGAGUGUUUAUGGGGAGAUUUAGGGAGGAGCUUCGAACGCAUCUGAGACCCUGUCAUCCAUGGAAGGAUGCUUAAACCUCAAGAACCAUAGGGCCUUCAAAAUUCUGUAGAAAUCCCCAGGCAUUGAGAUGUUUCGGAAGCUGCAUAUAUCCGGGUUGGAAGCUUUUCUCUGGUUGCAGAAAUCCGGCAAAGUGAGGCAGAAGCUGGAAGCCCUGUAUUUUGAGUUGGAGCUGGGGAUCGAAGGUGGACUCUUGAUUACCAUUCCCUUACAUCCGUUGACAACUCUAUUAGCAUUUUCAGGAGCAUCUGCGGGAUUCCGAUUUCUUGGAAGGAUCUAAUCCAAGAAAUCCAUAACGGGGACCCAAGAUUAAUCAUGAAGAUUAUUUUUUUUUUCACUUGGUUAAUAGUGUUUUGUUUGAGGUAGAAAAAUUAGCAUUGAUUGAGAGGUUCCGCAGCAUGGAGAAGGAAGGCUGUUGGGAGACAUAUUUUACGAAAUUAUAAUUUUUUUUAAGUCAACGCGUUCUCAUCCUGAUUCAAGCAAAAUUUUAUGUUCUUGAACGUGAUUAUAUACAUGCUGUGUGCUUUAAUAGAUUAUGCUCCACCGUGUUCUUAUGAGACAAAAAUUACCUGAAUUUCUGACAUGGGUUUUUUGUUUUUUUUUUCUGUGAUCAUUCAGCUCGAGGUCGAGAGAAUCGAUAUCGGUGAAUCUGACGGCCCAGGUAUUCUCAUCAAACUGGUGGCAAAGCCGUCAAUUACAUUUUUUAUUUCUUCUCGCGGAGUUGACUUCUGAUUUUGGGUUUCUUCCUUCUGUUCUUGAACCGGCGGUUAAGAUCGAUUUCGUGUCAGUUUUCGAUCCUUGUGUGGUCCCUGUUCAUGGGUUUCCCCUGUUUUCCUUCGCCCAGUUUGCAAAGCUUCGGGGAAGGCUGCGGAGGAGAAGAAGACCAUCUCGGCGCCGCCGAACCCGCCGCCGCAGGCCUCGCCGGAUAGGAAGUCCGCUGACCUGGAGGAGACCGUUGACAUCGAGAUGGAUGACGACGACGCCAUCGCCGGAGGGGAAGCCGCGGCGGCGCUGGGGCUCGCCGGUGAGCUCCCCGAGCGGAGCGACAGCGACGACGAGAUUGCCGACGUUGAUGUCAGCGACGACGACCGUGGGCGAGGCCCCAACGCCGCCGAGGCCCUGCGAGCGCAGGUCAACGCCGGAGAGGACGAGCCGGCGACCUCCAGCUCCAGCGAGAGCAGCGGCAGCGGCAGCGGGAGCAGCGACAGCGACAGCGACGGUAGCGACGACAACUCGAGCAGCUCCGGCGGCGACGUGGACAUCGACAUCGACGGCGAAGAUACUUGA